AUGGCAAGUCUUCACAGUGCCUUUGCAGGAAGUUCCCCGGAGCGAAGUUCUCAGCAGACGUCCCCACCCAGGCCCGCCUUCUCGGUCCAGUCGAAGAGCGGCGGGGUGCGUCCGGCCGCUCCCGACUUGGAGGGCGGCAACCAGGACCCGGGGGUGGGGUGGAGGGAGGAGAGUGGGCGCGGCGCGGCGGCAGCGGUGGGAGGCGCCGGCCAGGGAACCCCGCUUGCCGAGCUCCUGCGCGAGGGGGCGAGACGAGCGCAGCGCCCGGCGCAGGCAGCGUGCCGCACGGGCUCGGACCCCACCAUGGCAUGCCCCCCGAGUCCCCCGCCGCUGCGGCCCGGGGUCCUGAUGCUGAUGCUGUCGCUGUUGCUGCCGCUGUUGCUGCGAGCCGAGGACACCCUCUCCACCCAGAGGCGGUUUAUGAACAACUGUAUCCAGGCCAGGAGGAAAUGCCAGGCCAACCCCACUUGCAGUGCUGCCUACCACAACCUCCUGGAUUCCUGCAUCUACAGUGCAAGCACCCCACCACCCUCAAGGGAGCCUGAAGAAUGCCAGAGGGCAGCACAGCAGCUCCAGAACAGCUCUCUGAUGGGCUGCUCAUGCCACCGGCGCAUGAGGAACCAGUCUGCCUGCCUGAAUAUCUUCUGGACUGUUCACACUGCCCGAAGCCUUGGUGACUACGAGCUGGAUGUCUCCCCCUACGAAGACACCGUGACCAGCAAACCCUGGAAAAUGGAUCUCAGCAAACUGAGCAUGCUCAAACCAGAUGUGGAGGGCAAGCCAAGACUGGACUCAAACCUCUGCCUCAAGCUGGCCAUGCUGUGCACGCUGAACGAAAAGUGUGAGCGGCUCCGCAAGGCCUACGGGGAGGCGUGCUCCGGCCCCCGCUGCCAGCGCCCCGAGUGCCGCCGGCAGCUGCGGGCCUUCUUCGAGAAGGCGCCUGAGCCCCUGGCGCAGGCCCUGCUGCUGUGCCCGUGCGCCCCGGGGGACCGCAGCUGCGGGGAGCGUCGCCGCCACACCAUCGCGCCCGGCUGCGCGCUGCCCUCGGCGGUCCCCAACUGCCUGCAGCUGCGCCGCACCUGCCUCGCGGAGCCGCUCUGCAGGUCGCGUUUGGCCGAUUUUCAGACUCACUGCCAUCCUUUGCAUGCUGUCAAGUCCUGUCCAACAGAGCAGUCCAGAUGUCUGCGAGCAUACACGGGGCUCAUUGGCACUGCCAUGACUCCCAACUUCAUCAGUAGUAUCAACACCAGUGUCGCCUUAAGCUGCACCUGCCAAGGCAGUGGCAACCUGCAGGAGGAGUGUGAGCGGCAGGAAAGGUCUUUCUCCAGCAAUCCCUGCCUCAGUGAGGCCAUUGCAGCAAAGAUGCGGUUUCACAGACAACUGUUCCAGGAGCAGUCAGACUCUAGUUUUUCUGUGCUGGAGCACCAGAAUGAAAACCCUGCUCAGAGACCACAGCCCCAGCUGUUCUCUCUUUUCUCCUGCACACUUACCUUGACUCUGCUCCUGAGAUUCUGGUAGCCGGACUUCCUGGGGACCCUCUUCCCUCCAGCAGACCCAGCCUGAUCUAUAGCCUACAAGGGGCGAGGAAAGGACAGCCCAGGAAAGCAAUGCAGUGGCAACCCUGAUCCCACCCUGGAGGUCCACUUGACUCUCGAUGAGGCCAUAGAAAAGCUAGGGGGUAUUGACCCCAAGAUCCUGGUUGGCUGGGUUCUCAUACCUUCAUCCUGUCUCCACUUGCAACUCAAGCUGCCCCUCUUCAGGACUUGGUGACACUGUCAUUUAGCCACAUCUUCUAGUUGUGACCAGCUCUGCCAAAGUCUUUCUUGGUCCCUUCCUCCUGUCUGCCAGGGUCCCCUAGAGGGAAACAUCUUGCCAUCUAACCAAUCAGCCACUUUCUCAUGCAUUGCAGGCAGGCAGGACUGGGUGUUCUCAGGCAGCCCAGGAAGACAUUUCCUAUCAUGAGGAGGGCUGGAGUAAAACUCUAGGGCCUCUCUCUCCUUGUCUCCUCCUCGUGGGAAGGAGUGGGAACCUUCUGCCUGCACUGCCUACCCAGGAACCCACCAGAGCAUUUGAGCAUCAGGGAUCAGACCUUCUGAGGCCUGCUUUAUUCCUGCUACUACCCCAAAGGCUAGUAGCAGACUUGAAUCUUGAUUAAAAAUUUUGACUUAAAACUUGGCUUUUCCCCCCUCCCAUUCUCUUGCCUUAGAAAUUAAUACAGAACUAGGAGUGUUGCUGACAAAAGGGUAGAUGAUCAGGGGACAUAGCAACCCAGCCACCAACUGUUGGGUGGCUUUGAGUAGCUCUCCACCUCUGUGUGUACUUGACAUGGAAUUGGCAGAAAAAGUGGUUUCCAUGAGACCUGAAAUCUGUCCCGGCUCUAAUCCUUUCUGGGACACCACGCAACGCCUGCCACAGCAGCUGAGAGGAGGCCCCUUUAGUCAAGCACAACAUUUGUUAAGUACCUAUGUGUGUUACCAGGAGCCCUGGUGGCGUAGUGGGUUAUGCAUAGCAUUUGCUAACAGCAACGCCAGCAGUUUGAAACCAUCAGCUGCUUCAAGGGAAA